CCGGGAGAGAGGUGACAGACUGCUGCUGCUGCUGCGUACCAGGGUACACACCACCUCACCAUCCUCAACCAGCCUCACACCACAUCCCCGCUGCGGGGAAUGACAUUGGUGGACUGAAGUGGGAAAUACACGAGAACACGCAAACAUGACGGUGGACUUUGAAGAAUGUAUAAAAGAUUCCCCCAGAUUCAGGGCUGGCAUCGACGAUGUGGAGACAGAUGUGGUGGAGAUCGAGGCGAAGCUCGACAAGCUGGUGAAGCUGUGCAGUGGGAUGAUCGAGGCGGGCAGGGCCUACGUCAGCGCCAACAAGCUGUUUGUUAACGGCAUCAAGGACCUGUCCCAGCAGUGCAAGAAGGAGGAGGCCAUAUCGGAAUGCCUUGAAAAGUGUGGGGAAAGCCUCCAAGAGAUCGUCAACUACCACAUGAUUCUGUUUGACCAGGCCCAGAGGUCCAUCAAACAGCAGCUUCACACCUUCAUCAAAGAGGAUGUGCGUAAAUUCAAGGACACCAAGAAGCAGUUUGACCGCGUGCGUGAGGACAUGGAGCUGGCCCAGGUGAAGAACGCCCAGGCACCCAGGAACAAGGUCCACGAGGCCGAGGAGGCCGCACAGGCCCUCGUCCUCAGCCGCAAAGCCUUCAGGCACCUGGCGCUGGACUACGUGCUGCAGAUUAAUGUCCUUCAGGCCAAGAAGAAGUUUGAAAUCCUGGAUGCAAUGUUGUCCUUCAUGAGAGCCCAGUACACCCUGUUCCAACAAGGCUUCAACAUCUUAGAUGAGAUCGACCCUUAUAUGAAGCAACUGGCUGCGCAGCUGGAUCAGCUGGUCAUCGACUCGGCUGUGGAGAAGCGAGAGCUGGAGCACAAACACGCCAUCAUACAGCAGAGAACUCUAAUGCAGGACUUCUCCUAUGAUGACCCCAAAUUGGAAUUUAAUGUGGACGCUCCCAAUGGUGUGGUCAUGGAGGGCUACCUCUUCAAGAGGGCCAGCAAUGCUUUCAAGACCUGGAACAGGCGAUGGUUUUCUAUACAAAACAGUCAGCUGGUCUAUCAAAAGAAACUCAAGGACUCUCUGACAGUGGUGGUGGAGGACCUCAGGUUGUGCUCAGUCAAACCCUGUGAGGAUAACGAGAGGAGGUUCUGCUUUGAGGUGGUUUCACCCACCAAGAGCUGCAUGCUACAAGCUGAGUCUGAGAAGCUGCGACAGGCCUGGAUUCAGGCCGUCCAGGCGAGCAUCGCCUCUGCUUACAAAGACAUCGCUGACAAUUACUAUAUUGAGCGUUUGGACCGGACAGCCUCACCCUCCACCAGCAGCAUCGACUCUGCCAGCGAACCCAGAGAAAGGGGUGAUAGAGGGGUUAGGGUCGGGGGGGAGAGCCUUCUCCAGAGGGUGCAGAGCCUGCCAGGCAACGAUCUGUGCUGCGACUGUAGCCAGACGGCUCCGUGCUGGGCCUCCAUCAACCUGGGAGUGCUGCUGUGCAUCGAGUGCUCAGGGAUCCACAGGAGUUUAGGCGUCCAUUGCUCCAAAGUGCGUUCACUGACAUUAGACUCAUGGGAGCCAGAGUUACUCAAGCUGAUGUGUGAAUUGGGGAACACUGUCAUAAACCAGAUCUAUGAGGGACGCUGUGAGGAAGUGGGGGCUAAGAAGCCUGGACCCUCUAGUUCAAGGCAGGAGAAGGAAGCCUGGAUCAAGUCCAAAUACGUGGAGAAACGUUUCCUGAAGAAAAUGAGCGGGAGUGAGGCUCUGGUGGUGGGCGCGAGGAAGUCCCGCCCCUGGACGGUGAAGAAGUGCCAGCGAAACAACAGCUCUGUGCGGGCCCCACACAAGGUCCGCAGGAAAUACCACCGCUACGAGCCAGGCAGCGCCUCCGCUGCAAAUCUCUCAGCAGCGGCGGCAGCAAAGUUUCGCCGAGACUCCCUGUUCUGCCCAGAUGAGCUGGAUUCACUAUUCUCCUACUUCGACACCGGCUCUGGUCCUCGCAGUCUCAGCAGCGACAGCGGCCUCGGAGGAAGCACUGACGGCAGCACUGACAUCCUGGUUUUUGGCUCAGUGGUGGACAGUGUCACAGAAGAAGACGAGGAGUCGGAGGAGUCGUCCAGUGGCGAGGUGGAGAUCGAGCAGGAAAUGUCAUCGGAUCCGGAAGAUCCAAGGGAGCUACACCCUGGGGCGCUCCUCUAUCGAUCCUCGCGUCUGCACAACCUGCCGCUCAUGGCCGAGGCGUUUGCACACGGUGCUGACGUCCACGCCGCGAGUGAGGAGGAGGAGGGGAAAACGCCGCUCAUACAGGCCGUGAUCGGGGGCUCUCUGAUAGCUUGUGAGUUCCUGCUGCAGAACGGAGCUGAUGUGAACCAGAGGGACAUGAGGGGCAGAGGCCCGCUGCACCACGCCACCUACCUGGGGCACACUGGUCAGGUGUGUCUCUUCCUGAAGAGGGGAGCAUCGCAGACGGAGGUGGACGAGCAGGGUCAUGACCCCCUGAGUAUCGCCGUGCAGGCUGCCAACGCAGACAUCGUCACACUAUUACGCUUAGCGCGGAUGAACGAGGAGAUGCGGGAGGCCGAGGCGCCGCUGGGUCAACCAGGUCAAUACCCGGGCAGCAGCCCCACUGAGCAGCAGUAUAGGAAGUGCAUCCAGGAAUUCAUCUGCCUCACGAUAGAGGAGUGCUAGUUACUCCUGUAUCCAGGAGUGUAGCUUGUGUUAUAUACAUGUAUACAUUAUAUAUACAUACUCUAGUAUAUACAUACAAAAUACCCCCCCCCCCCCCCCCCCAUUGGAAACUGAAUAUAACCACGUAGACGAAGGCUUACAAGCGUCUAAGAACAGAGGAGCGUACCACUCGCUCAUUAUGGGGGUGUGUCGUGUAAUAGGGAGACCCCUGAUGGACCUUUUUAACUCUACUGACAAUACAGCCACCACUUCCAUUUUCUCUGCAUCACUGUGUCUCUGCUUGCCAUUACUCAGCACCGCCAUCACACACAUACACAGUAAAAAUACAUUUUGGUGUUUUAUUAACAGGUUUAUUCUCUAACUUACACCUGUCGUGUGCGGGGGGGGUCUACUGUGGCCUAACAGCUCUGACCUCUGAACAACUGCAUUAACCCCCUCCAUGCUUUCUAUCUAUCGAAACCAUCUGUGUUGACAUCCAGCGUACCCAUCUCUUCUCAAUCAGAGAUGUAAAUAUACAUAUUUAGAAGUUAAAAUGGCUAAUCUCUAUAUGUGCUGUGGCAUGAGGUGAAAAAAAAAAAGUUCCAUUACUUCAAGAAUAAAAAAAGAAGCUGCAUCAGAGGUGAGCAGGGCAGUUCCGUGUGUGUAUUAGGGAGAAGGUCUGGAAGGGAAGUUAUUGUAAAACUGUGACAAAAAUACUGCUUGUGAGGGAGGAGACCCUCGCUUGCUAUCUGAGAUCCUUUGUGACAUGAGGAGUGAAUGAGUGCGUGCAUGAGAGAAUACUGAGAGACAGAGUUAAAUAAUAUGAUAUUAUGAUACAAUAUGUAAAGGAAAAAAAGAACCUGUGCACUUUUCCCAUCUCCAGUAUUAUUUUUAAUUUUCAUUUAGUUAGUGUGACUUUUUUUGCAUCGUUCUUGUCCACUCAAAUUAUUGUAUAUCUAUCUAUUGUCUAUUUUUUAUUAUUAUUAUUAUUAUUAUUAUUUAUGUGUAUCUCCAGAGGACCAGUGCAAUGCAUUCUUGGUGCAGUUUAUCAUCUGCAUUUCUCUAAUUGAUUCUCAUUUUGAUCUGAUAGCGUUACUUGGAAUUGAGGACGCAAGUUGUCAGACAACAUUACUCAUGCGACUUUUUGCUUUCUGUUUUACUUUAUCAAGCCCUCGUGCUUCUGCAUGAACAAUUAUCUGGCACUCGAACGAACCACUGAAAGAGAUUUGACAGGGGAUAUUUUUAUUACAGGGAGAGAGUGUGUCAACAAAAGUGCGCCUUUCAACAGUCAUUCACAGAACAAAUUGACUCAUGUGUGUAAACCCACGGCUCAGGUUUGUUGGAAAUACGCAAACAUGAGGCAGAACCUGUGGUGAGAUCAUGGAGCACAUCACUUUAGAACAGCCUACACCAUUGUUUGAUUCUAGCUUCCCUCACUGGUAAAUGCUGAGAGUAUUCCCUGCAUGCCAAGCCAGCAUAUUCUUUUUUUGGCAACUUCGACAUCGUUUAGCAUUAUGGUGAGCAUGAUUAAAUAGUUUUCUACGGUUUGAUCAUGUCGUGGGUGCAGUGGAAUAAGCAUGAACCACCUCGACCGGUUUAGCGUCAGAAGUUCCUCUUUACACCUCUGUGCCGUUCUUACAUCCACCAAUCCAACCAGUGGUGACCUCCUCAGUCCUGACCUUUUUGAUUUCUUUAUUUCCACUUGUGGUUUUAUUUUCCUCUGCCAAAGAUUUUUUAAAGGGAAAGUGUCUGACAUUGUAGUAUGAUAUCAACGUUAUUUUCUUUUCUGAAACUGUUCAAAGUAGAUGCAGCAUAGACUUACCUUGCUUUGUGAAGUGACAGAGUGGUAAAAACACUGACCGUGUACUCAUGUAUUCAAAAAAAGAGGUGACAGAAAUGUGACUCGCCUGAGAGACUUUGUUACAACAGGUGAUAUUCUGCACUAGUUUGAUGUGCUGCAAGUAGAACCAGUCUAGGAGGUGAUGUGAAGCUACUGUGACCAAACUGUUAAGGGGCCCAUACAGGCCCUAAAGCAGGAAGUAUUAAAUGUCGUGUCCAUUGUGUGUAUUGACAUAAGAGUGGUUAAAGGUGCUGUUCAGAACAAACAAGCUGUAAAUAGUACACCUGUGUAUUUUAACUCGAAGCCAACUGCCUGCCUCUCAGCAUUCAAUCAAGGAUCCUGACUGUCUGAUCGGUUUUAUGUUUGUCUUUUUACUCUCUUCCUAAAAAAAAAACUAAAACAUCCUGUCAGGCAGAACUGUAACAGAGUCCUGCUCUACUUGUUUCUCUGUUCACUGACAUUUGGCUAUCUUUGGAAUACUUUCUAUCCUGUCUUUACAAGCACUGAGGGGGGAAAAGAAGAAAACAAAAUGCAUACAAUAAAACUGAGAAACUCUUGAUGAACUAACCCUGCUUCCUGCUUGUUGCUCUCAUUUCUGUUUCCCGUCUCAUCUCUUAUCUGUGACAUUCUCUCAACAUCGAAGCAAUAUAUUUGAAAUGGUUUGCUGUGAGUCGCUGCUCUAAAUUUGUAAUCAUUUCAUUUUGAUGUUGGGAGAAUAUUAUUUUUCACAAUAUGGUCUGGUGUGUCUUUUGGUCUAUAACAAAACUGGGCAGCACUUGGCCUAUUCAAAGCAAUACAAUAGUAUAAUUAUAUAUAAGUGAGGUGUGCACACAUACACCUCCAGCACACAUGAUAUUUAAAUACAGCUCUAGUGUUUAGCACGUUAUGGCUGUUAAAUAGUGCUUCUGUUUUCAGCCUGCAGCAGCUGCAACACUGUGCCUUGAAUAAUGAAGUGUCUCCAGUGUGUUAAACAUCUCAUGUGAUCUCACAAGCGCUCGUACACCAUCGCUGAAAACCUUUUCUCGUGUGCUAGAACUGCCUAAUUCCUCACCUGACACUAAACACGUGAGCAAGUAAAACAAUGUCUGACAUCUCAUUGCUUCUGUUGCCACAGGGGUUGCCACAGGCAGCAGGAGAGUUAAAGCCAAGGAUGUUCGGGAGAGAGUGAGUGAAGCCUCCCGGGCCGUCUUAUAGGGGCACUGUGUUCUCUCUGCUUCUGUGGCUGUGGGGGAACUUCAGGGUGUCUUUCUGUCAUAGACUCAUUUUACCCCCUCUCUCUGGGAAUAUAUUUGGAGCCGUCCUGAUGAUAUGAACCUUAUUUGUCUCACAGGGAGAAAUUAUAUAUCUGGGACUUCUCACAGAUGUGCUGUAGAGGAGAGAUAAGUCAGAAGAAAGUGCUGCAAGAUUCAGUAUUUACAUGCAUUUGAAAAUAUGUAGUUAAUACCUAAACAAAAUGAUAAAAAAAAGCAUACAUCCAAUGGUAAGUUGAGCCAGUUACAUCGGGCCAAGGAGGUUUGUUUGUUUUUCAUUUAGCAGGAUUACAUAAAAACUAUACUCGACUGAUUCCAUGAAAUUGUGUGGAAAUGUUUUGUUUUUUUAUAACUUUCUUUAACAUCUUGAUUGUGUGUUUUUCAACACUUUUGAUUUGUCAGAAAAUAAUUUGUCAGAAAAUAAUGUGAAAGAGGGAGAUAUAGAGGGAGGGAGGGGAGACAUGCAGCAAGGGCCUGACUCGAAACCCGAGCUGCUGCAUUUCAUGGAUCUUAAUGAAAUAAAACCCACAUGUUUAAUGACACAGAUAUUUAUGAGUUUGUGAAAUUUGUUGCAGAUCCAAAUACAAAUCUGGAUCUAGUGAAUUUAUAUGUGUCUUCAUAAGGGGACUCAUCAGAGGAAUGCACUCUACUGAGUGCAGCUCUAUUUCAAAUGAUAAAAUGUGACUUUGCAUAUGAAGCACAUGAGACCAGAUAUCGUUUCCUAGUGAUUUAAAAAUGUGCAAGAGAAGAAAUUGGAUCCAAGGGAUUAUUUCUCUUUUCUAAUUUCCCUUUUUUGUAAAUCAGAAUCAGAAUCAAGAAAGUAUGUAUUGCCAAGUAGGUUUACACCUACAAGGAAUUGGCUCUGGUUAUUGGAGCAUACAAUGAACAUAGAAACAUAAAAAUAUAAAAACACAAUAAAUACAACACACAUAAGAAAAGCAAUAAAAAGAAAGAAACAUCUUGGAAAGGAACCUUAAGCAGGUGGUUUCCACAGAGCAUCUAGGUGAACAAACAAAAGAAGGUUUAUAGAGGAGUGAGUCAUUUAAUCAUCCUGAAGGAAUAGGUGUAUACCAGGCUAGAGAGAGGAGCCUCAGUCCUGGGGUCUUGAGGCGUCUCUUCAGGGGACUUUGCUCUCUCAUGGGUGCAUGUAGGUGGAUAAUUUUUUCUUGCCUCCUGAAGAUAAUGAUAUGUGGGUGACUGGAGAUUUCUGUAUUGUGUGGUUCAUUUCCUUGAUUUUAUGUAAUUAAUAAGGUUUGAUUUGUUGCAAAAGUAAAGCAAAACCCCGCCGACAAAUCCCUGCUGUCUCCACAGUGCUCACAGUCAGGGCAAGCCCCCUCGAUUUAUGUCAAGUGUCCCAUUCCGCAGGUCACGCCUCCUGUGUUGACGUCUUUCGCCAGUUUUCUCUCCUCGCGUCUCUCCAGCCCGAGAAGUUGAGGAGAAGGAGCGUACAGUUCGGCCGCUGCAGGACACCAGAGUGACCACAGCUGACCACCACUUCACCUCAACACUCUUCAGAUACAGAAGCAGUCCAUGCUGUUAGAAAAGACAUGUGGUGCCUGGGAUUGAGUGAUGCAGAUAAAGACAAAUGAGUCAAAACCCUGCGGACUCUGAAGAUAUUUUAUUACUGAAUAUCAUUGUUCUCUAUUUCUUUGCUCAGUUUGUACAAGGGAGCUCAUGUCAUGUUCAAACAGUUCCUUUGCACAGUGAUUUUAGUUCACCUGACACCAGACUGUUUUUUUCUUAUAGGGGCACUUCAACAACAUAGUAUUGCACUUCGUAAAGACACAAAAGACAUUUUUAAAAGGAGCCAUUAUACUCUCAAGUAUGGAUCAAUAUGCCCGAAUGGCUGGAUUUUUAAUAUCCCAUUAUUGAGCAAUAGAGCAUAUUUAACUGCCUGUUGAAUGUUCAUGACUCCGUGCCUCCUUAAAAUAUGUCAUCUCCAGCUCAAAGCCAAUAUAACACCUGGAAAUAAACAAAUACUGUGCAACUGUUCCCACAGCUUUAAUAAUACUCUCUGUGAUGAGUAUAUUAUACUUGAGGUUUAAAAUCAGUGAAGUGCCUCAUUUAUUGUUGUGAAUAAUUACAUUUUGUC